AUGCUGCUUUGUACUCUCAAACGCUCAUUUCGAGAACAAAACCGUUUUCUGAUACUUUCCCGACUACCUUACAACAUGGCGACUUCAUCUAGAAUCAAGAUAUCUCCCGAAAAUACCGGAUUAUGGAACAUAAGGCAGAGCGAAGAAGCCGCCGUAAAGGCAGGCGAGCUUUUGGAAAAAGACUUGAAGAGCCACCACGUCUUUUUGAACGAUGUUGGGUUCCAUGACCAUAUGCCGCAUCAUAUUCUAGCCCUUUACGGAACAGGUGCCAGCGUCGCUCAUCUGCAAAAGGCCUUUGACCUGAGACACCCACUCCAACGUCCACCUGUACCUCAACAUGGCGAUGUUGUGUCGGAUCUUGUUGCCCACAGAGACCACACUACUCCGUAUCUUGGCAAGGAGGAGCACUAUGCAGACUUUCUCGCAUAUUUCCAACGGGUCAUUGACAAACAGGGCUACCAAUCGGUUGUUAAGGAACAUCUUUUCGCACGGGACACAGCCGCAGAUGACCUUCUCGUCCGCUUGCAUGCCGGUGUCCUUCACCCCCUCAUUCAGCUCAUGUACGGCCUUGAAUGGGAACAGCCAGCCAUUGUAGCCGAGGGCCUUGCCCAGACUUGCGUCCACAACAUUGAGGGGCUGGAUGAACUGCUGCUAGCAAGCGAACGUCAAGCGGCAACAGCAACACCGAGAACUAUGAGAUUUCCCAGCCUGCUGUCUAUGUACGAGCAUGUUAGAGCCGAUCCCAAGCUAUCCACGGCGGUUCGCGUGGGAGACGAAAACAAGAUUGAGGACGGAAUCCUGAAGAGGGCGAAGGGUCCCAUGAUUGACAUUCUUAGCCAGAUUCACGUUGAUCCCGAGGAUCUGGAGGAGAGAACUGCAGAAAUGUUCCACACCAUGGUUCUCGUUGCCUCGAGCGCCGCAAUCCAUCCCCCGCACCACGUCAAGUAUGACUUCUUCCUGAUGCAUCACAUCAACUCUUCAUUGAUGUAUUUGACCAUAAACGCCCAACCCUGGAUUUCGCUCUCCGAUAAAGUCCGCAUGCUAGAAUGGAAGAUCAGAAUGGACCUCCUCCAAUAUGCAGCCCGGGGGUGCCCUCCUAUUUCUCUCGAUGGAAUCAAAACCUACGAGCCUAAAGCUCCGUCUGACGAGUCUGUGAGAGAUAUCGGUAAGAGACUAGAAGACUUCGGCGACGACGGACAUGCCAUCAAACAAGCUCGAGCGACCGCCAUAUGCCACGAAUUGAUGAAAACUUACAAGGAUAAGCCAUGGGCGGUCUUGAACGGAGAUGAAAUCUGGAAGAAGAUUCAGCACAUGGUUGUCGACGCCGUUGAGGGCCCUGGCGUUCUCUAUGUGCGUUCAGCUGGGCUAGAGGAGGUUUGGAAGGAUGUUCCUCAUCAAUCGGCGCCCAAGAGAGCGCCAGAGGUGCUGAGGGCCUUGCAGACAGGGAGUGGCAGCUCGGAGGAGGCCUUGAAAUCUUCAUAG